AUGAAUAAAGAUGCAGCUGUCUCGGUUUCAACAGGUGCAGAUUUGAGUGACACAUUAAUGGAUCGAAUGGUUCUUAAUGAAGUGAAUCUAAUAAAUGCCAUCCUAGUGAGGUCAGUCCUGACCUACGGUGAUCUCGGGGGUGCUAUCAUUGACGGUGUAUUUCAUGAUGCUAUUAUUGAACUUUCCCAGAAACAGGCUCUUUGCAAAUACGUGAAUGACACAAACCCCAUAACCGGAGCAAGCACCAGAAAGCGCCUGGGAUGUGGGAAUAGUCAAAGAAAUGCAUAUGGCUCCCCGUCAUCCCCUUUAUUAAGUGCUCUACCGAGGAAACUUCUUGACGAUGAUGUAUUCUGUGAUCAAGCCACUGGCCUUUGUGAUGCAAAGUGA